UGCACCCCACACACACUGACACACUUUGAAGGAAAGGGGCGUUUCCCUAGCAACGUUUGUCGUCGUACCAAUUCAGUUUGUCGAGCUGUAGGUAUAGCAUCCCUUUGCUGCAGUCACUGGUGAAGAGACUAGAAGUUGGCUAAAGAGUAGACCCGGUGUAUAAUUGCGUGGAGUAGGCGAUCAAGAACCCAAAACAAGAAGAGACGGCUGCAGCCACUGAAUACCACUGGAACAAGACUUGUGUGCGUGGAUGACACGAUGGCAAUCCACGCGUGGACUCUGGGAGUGGCCUUAUUAGUCUGUUGUAGUCUAGCCAGCGGUGUGGACGCAAUCUGUGGAAAUGGAGUGGUAGAGAGAGCGGAGGAAUGUGACGACGCUAAUGAGAUGCCUGGUGAUGGGUGCACUGGGAACUGUACAGUGGAGAGUUACUAUCACUGUACCCACAACUCCACCACCUCGCCCUCUCAGUGCACCCUCAUUCUCCUGGACCUCAGUUCCGACGAUCACACCACUCUCGACCGUACCACAGAGUUCUUUGACAUAAAUACACCAGUGUUCCUGGUUGAUCCAAACACCUUGGAAUUAUUUGUCUAUACUUGGAACUGGACACAUCUUGAUAUUGUCAUACUUCAAGGAGAAGGAAUAUCCAUAUCUGAGAGUGUUGGAUUAGACUACAUGGGCAAUCCUGAUGCUCCCAGUCCUUAUCAGCAAAAUCUUCGGGAAAGCGAUUACCCAAGUGGAAUCAACGGAAGGUCUUUUGUUGGUGGAGUGAGAAUAGCAAUCGAUGCAUCGAUUCAGGCGUCAGUGCUGGCUGAGGACCAACUACAGACUGUCCUGGAGGCUGCUAUAUACCAGGCCCACGAAAUUCCCUCCGAUUACCUUCCUCGUUACGUAUGUCUGGUGGCCCAAGACCCAACAUUGGAGACCACAGCAUGUGUGAUGAUCUACUACAUUGGCUCCAAUAUCAACCGGCCAACCGUCAGCUAUGAGGCUGGUGGCGACGUGGCAGUGUAUGUGGAGGGCCAGAGCGAGCCACUGGCAUUUGUAGCGGGGAAUAUCACUGUGACCGAUGAUGACCACCCCACCAGGUAUUUGAUGGAGUCUGCUUCAGUCAGUGUUGUAGGAUUCACUCCUGAGAGUCCAGAGUGGCUGUCACUGGACACUGACUUCACCCUCCCUGGACCUCUCAGUGCCUCGUUCGACACCAUGACUGGGACCCUCACAAUUUCCGGCAAUGCCACAACUGAGGUCUACUCACAAGUCCUCCAGCAGCUCACCUACCUCAAUAACAUGACCCAGCCACCUUCAAUGCGAGAGAUUGAACUCACUGUAUCUGAUGGUAUACAUUCCAGCAACCCGCCAGUCAUUAUCCAAAUCGACAUUAUGAACACCAAUGAUGAUCCAAGUGUCUCAUUGGAUGGGGAGUCCCCUGUCGUCACGGCACUAAUCAGUACCUACACAGAGGGCUCUGGUGCAGUGGCUGUCGUUGACAAUAUCCACGUCAUUGAUAUUGACCCUGACCCUGUCAUUACCAGGGCAAUGGUAGUACUGAGUAACCCAGUGGAUGGUGAGCAGGAGGUCCUCGCUGUUACUGACACCAGGGGACUGGCCCUGAAUGUCUCCAAUCCUCCGCACAGCCUGGAGCUGAGUGGUGCGGGGAGUCUUGCUGACUACACUGCUGCCCUCAGAAGCCUCACCUACCAUCACCUCAGUGCCAAUCCUGGAAACCCCUCCCCACUCACUAGGUUGAUAAACUUUAUUGUGGAGGACAGCUAUAACAGCACCAGUACUCUGUCAACUUUAAUGCUGGAGAUUGUUCCAGUCAAUGAUGCUCCAUCCCUGUCGUUCUUGGGUGGAGGAAUUCAGGAACAGUACUCAUACACUGAGGAUGACCCUGCAAUCAACAUUGGAGCGAAACCUGACCCUAACUGACAUCGACGACAUUUCCAUCCAGUCUGUCUCACUCUAUCUCACAGGUCUGUUGGAUGGUGACCGAGACAGUGUGGACUAUGACUCUAGUCUAGUAGCAACCUCGGCAAUAUCUGUCACUACCACUAGUAAUGGAACUUCCAGACAAAUGUCUUUCUCUGGGACGGCACCUCACUCAGUAUACACUGAGAUACUAAGGAGCCUGACAUACACCAACCUCUACACCAAUGACACAGUCAGUGAUGGUGUAAGGACAAUCUCCAUCUCUGCGACUGACACCGGUGGUCUUCAGUCAACAAACACUCUCACCAUCCUAGUUGAUGUGGCCAGAAGAAACGAUGGUCCAGCCGUUGAUCUCGGAGCCGGUAACAACCAGGGUUUUACCGUCAAUUACACUGAAGAGGGAAAACCAUCCGUGGCUAUUGGUAUGAGUCACCUAAUCAGAAUCAGUGACGAAGAGGGCGACGAUGUCUCCGGCAUGGAGGUGGAGCUGGUGGCUACUAAUGGCCCCCUUGACGAUGGGGACACCCUUUUUCUCAGCACACCUGUUGCCCUCCCAGUCAUCUCUCACCCAAACACAACCAUCACUCGGACCAGCAUCAGUGCCAGUAAUCUUGACAGUGACAGUGACUAUGUGAAUACUCUGGGAGCACUGAGAUACAUCAACACCGAAGACGAGCCGACACUGUUUGCGAAUGAUGGGGUCAGGAUUUACCGAGAGAUUGUGAUCAGGAUCACAGAUUCCGUUCUACCUGUACCCACUACAAAUGUUGUUAGAGUCACGGUCGAGAUUGAGCCAAUCAACGACAAGACCCCGAGGAUAAUAAUCAAUUCCGACCCCACGUGCACGCAGGACGCCAGGGACAGUGAAAUGACAACGACAAGAGUAUUCCGCAGAUCAGUUGGUACACCUGCUCCCUCCCAGAGAAGAAGACGUAGAGACAACACUCACCUGAAAAACACCAACACCUUGGCAGCUGCUCAGGUUCUCAGAGUACACGCCGAGUUGAUAGAGAUCGACGGUGACAGCGGGCCCUGUCUGUUCCAGAUGGUGGUCCAGUUCAACACUGACACCAGUGUCCCUGUGGUGGAGAUACAGGAGGGGUUGGACUCACUCCUGACGUUUGCCCCUGCCUCCCUGGCCAAGACUCCCCACCGUGGCUACUGGAGGGACUACAGGACUCUGGUGAUACUGUUCACGGAAUGCGCACAGUGGGAGAGAGAUGAGAGAAAGCCACUGUAUCUGGUGUUCUAUGGCUCUGAAGGUUCUUGUACAUGGGACAGCCCCUGUGAUAACGGGGUUUGCUACAAGAACAGGACCGGAUGUCCAGUGGCUGGCUAUCAUCGUGUUAAUACUUCCUCUAACGAGGGGAGCUCACCCUCAUCUGACUCGGUGGAGAAUUGCACCGCACAGUACUAUGGACCUGAUAGCGUCUCAGUACUAAUGCUGUCCUCUGUGCUACUAGUGGCAGUGGUUACUGUGGCCGGCUGUCAGUGCCGGAAAACUGUGGAAACGAGAUGUGGUACAAAAGAAAGCCAGCAAAAGAAAACCAAACCCGCCGUUCCAACCUAUGUGAUUGAAAUCCAAGCCCCCAUUAGCCAAAGACCAUCACAAUCGCCAGCAAGUGCGGCAGAGUGUAAGAAGAUGGGGCUGCAAAAAGAUGGCCACUGCCCACCUCCUUAUGUGGAAUCCUGUGCAGCUACACUCACAUCAGCAGUGAGUGUGGUACACAAGCCAGAGGCAGCAACAACUGGUCCAGCUCCCAGUGGGAUGAAGAAAACGGAGAAUAGUGAUGAGAGCUCUCUAACUGGUGGACAGUGUGAGGGAACAGAGGACGAAAACAAGCGUCUCAGAAGAGAGAGAGGACAAGUAUCUCCACCAAUAGACACAGGAGGAGGAACUAAGGAAAGUGGGGGAGAGGAAGAGGGACAGAGCACACAAGACAACUCAGCACCACCAAGAGAACAAUCUAGGAACACUUACAGUGAUAGAUAUUCCAAUAGUAGUACACAGAAUCCCCACUAGGACCCUUCAUCACUGUGUGUUACAAGAACAGACAAUAGCCACCACUUACGUUUCCAUAUGAUUUCGUCAUUAAAUUAUCCCUUUCUCUUUCACUUGAUCUCCCCACUCUCUUUCGUUCCAAAUAUACACAUUGUGGAUUUACAUUCGUGUGUACCUAUGUAUAUACCUUUUUAUAUCACCCCCU